CGGAGCAGAGCUCGAUCGGCAGCGGGAUGCGACGGGGUGCACUCCGGCGAACGAGAGGCGAGCGUCCUCCCGUCCCACCGCCACUCUGAUGGGCGUUUCGGUCGCGCCAUUGUCGCCGUCAACGCUCGGAUCCAAGCCAAAGCCGCGACAUGAAGCGGAUGAAUGUGAGCACCGAGAUUGAGCUCGAACAACAACAAACAUUGCCGGACUGAGCAACUCUUGGAAAAGAGGCGACUUCCCUGCACCUGUUCCCGGCGGAAUAAGCACCCUCGGUGGUUAUUCGGCUUUGCAAGCAUCCGCUCCAGGGUGUGCGCACACGCUCGAUGCUUGCCUUGCCCCUGCGUGCCGGUUGUGGCUCGUCUCGUUUCGUUUUUGUCGUGCUUGGCGUCAAAAUCCACGCGUGCGUCCAAGGACGUGCACACACGCAUUACGCAUGCAUAGUCGCGGUAGUUGCAUCCACAUUUCUUCAUUUUCACACCCAUCUUUUGGUUUGCAUGUGAUUCUGCCACUUCGUUGCAUGUUUGAACUUUGGCUGCCAUUGACGGCAAUAGACGUCCAAUCUAUGGACUGCCCCUCCCAGUCCGAAAUGGAUUGGACGUCUUUCAGCCUCAAAGCGCAUUUUUCAUAUGAAUUCUCUUAUUCUUUUCCUAACCAUAGGCGGAGUUUGACUUCGAGGGCAGGGGGGCACAACAUGUUGAUGACCCCGAAAUGGAGUGUCAGCAAUAAAAUUAACUUACAAUAUUUAUAAAAAUAUGUUGAAAAUGAGCGUUUUGUUGUUGUUGUUUCCCAUCAGUUUUGAAGGGAAUUUUAAAUCAGGCUGCUUAGGACAGCUAUAAUUUUCGCCGAGAUUGUCAUCCAUUGAAUAUUGUACGACCGACAGUUUUCUGUCAAAUUUUGCACCCCAUCAGAAAUUGCAACUUUGUGUUAAAAAGUAAACAUGACAAACUUUCUUGAAAUAGAGAAAUACAUACUUUCGUUUGAUAAUGGACGGACAUGUAGAAAGGUUCUCUUCAGACACAUCCUGUCAUGUUAGCUGCACACAACAACUGCACGCCACUCUCUCACUGUUUACAUCUUGGCCGUGUCGUUAACCAUUAAUUUGCUCUAUAUUCGGGUUGGACAUGUAUGUUUACGAUGUUGUUUAUUUAGCACCUGUGGGCUUAUUCACCGCCACCACAGCUUUGGGAGCAAUAUAUUAUAAGGGUGCAAAAUUUGGCAGAACACCGGUGGUGGCUUUGUUGUACAAUUAGCGUCUUUCGUGGUGCAAAUUGAAAGUCCACUCACCAUUUUGGCGGUGCUCUCUAGCGUUUCUUGGUCCACAUUUUAAAUCCUUGCUUAUUGGUCAGUAGUAGUUGUCGCUUUUGAAAGCUUAGGUUUGAAAAAAUUACGGAUAUCCACCUUGCCUCUUCGGUCCUCAGGUGGUUUUGGCUAAGCAAAACAAAUGACCGUCUAAGGUGCUAGUUACGUGAUCUGUUCGAAAAAUAAUUUUGAUCGAUGAUAAAAAUAUGUUUUUUUGUUCAUUUCAUUCUUUUUUCUUGUUUAAUUGCUUUUACAACUUUUAUAAACAAAAUUUUACCGUAAAACUGUUAAUUUUAAAAUCAUGUAUAGGAAAGUCAACUACAUGCAAUGACACUCAGCCAACGGGGAGGCCUGCCCUGAAACUCCGCCUAUGUUGCUAACUACUAGAACACAUACUACUUCGCGUACACUUGAAGUGACAGUGAAGCAGUUUGUUCAUUUAUGGUUUAAAACGCGUAUCAUUGCUCAGCCACGCUGGAAGUCGACCCCCAUGUGGCCGUCGGGAGCGGGCAGCCGGCAGCCUUGCCCGCGGGAGUCGGCGCUGCGCAAGGCGGCCGUCAGCGGCAACGUCCUGGCCCUGCCGCCCCACCACGUCCCCAGCGGCCGGAGCGUCCGCGUCUUCAUCUGUGCCAACCCCGAUGACACGGAAGCAGAGAGGAAUGCACUGAAAGAACACGUUUACCCCAAACUACGGGAUUUCUGCAGGGAGAACUACGGCAUUGAAUUCCAGGUAGUGGACCUCUACUGGGGUGUGGACCCAGAAGAAUGGGACAGUCCGGAGCUUCAGCGGCUCAGGAUGAAGCUCCUGGAGGAAUGUCUGAAGACAUCGGCGGGGCCGUGCUUCGUUGGUUUAGUGGGAGAAAAGUACGGCAGCAUCCGAGUGCCGGGGGAAGUGGAAUCGGCAGAGUUUGAGAUGAUCUUGGAUGCUGCGGUGGAGGCCGGCCUGGACACACACAUCUUGGACGAGUGGUACUGCAGGGAUGAAAACUCUGUGCCGCCCGCAUACUACCUCAAACCCAAAGCCCAAAUGCUCAAGAACUACCAGAACUCGAUGGAGUCCAGCAGCGCCGCCAAAACCACGCACGACAAGGCCUGGAGGAAAGUGUCGGAGGAGAUCAAGCGGAUUUUCCGAACGGCGGUUCUGCAGCUGCAAGAAAAGGGGACAAUGCCGAGUACUCAGGCCAAGAAAUUCCUUUGCUCUGCCCUGGAAGACGAGUUGGACUUUGCCCUCGGAAAACAAACUCCUGCCUUUCUCAGGAAAUGCGUUUGCUACAUUCGAAAGAUUUCGAAUUUCGAUCGCUUCGCAAAACUCCCAGAGAUGACCCGCUACAUGGACAUUGUGACCAGCGGCGACCGCGUCAUGCGCAACCAGGAAGCCUACGAGCGCCUACUAAAGGUUCGGGAUGAGUUCAUACCAACGGUGGUGGCCGCGUCCAACCUGCGUGUUUACUCCUCGGUCACGCACUGCGACAUGAAGCUCGGUUACUCCCAGGAAGUGGAGAGCCAUUACGUGGAGGGACUGUGUAAGCAGUUCUACGAGGACAUGGUGGAUAUAAUUCAGGCCACAGUCCAGCAGAACUUUGACACAGAGACUGAUCCGUUGUAUGAUGAGAUCUUGCAGCACCUCUCACUCUGUAAAGCCUACUCGGCAUUGCACGAGUACAAGACCGAAUCAUUGGAUUACGUGCAGGAGUACCUUCUACCAUCUAAGGGUAGUAGGAUGAGUCCACUUGUAGUACAGGGCGGACCCUGUACGGGGAAGACAUUGCUGCUUGCCGAAGUAGCCAAACAGGCCUACACGUGGCUGCAGAAAGAGAUGGGUCCAGAAACAGAUCCCGUGGUCAUUGUCCGUUUCAUCGGGUCUACUCAGCCCUCGGCGGACUUGCGCACCCUUCUCCAGAGCAUCUGUGAACAGAUUGCAAUAAACUACCGCUGCUUGAUUCACUUUUUGCCUAACAAGAUCCAGGAGAUGAGGGAGCUCCUACUCAACCUCCUAGGAGAAUCUUCCUUUCACAGGCCUUUGGUCAUCAUCCUGGAUGCCCUGGAGCAACUGUCGGAGGCCGAUGACGCUCGCAAGCUGUGGUGGCUACCCAUACAACUCCCUCGGACGGUCCGCGUUGUAGUCUCAACCUUGCCUAAUAAACACGGGAUCCUGCAGAAACUUCGACACGCCAUUCACGACGAGUACUAUUACGUGGAGUUAAUGCAAAGGGACCGCAAGGUCUGCAGUCAGACAUUAAAGCAGCAGUUACUUGGAGUGAAGAGAAAGGUCACCUCGGGCCAACAAAUCUAUGUCAACGAGGCUCUGGCUAAGUGUACAUUGCCAAUGUUUGUGAACCUAAUCUACAGAGAGGUAGUACACUGGAGGUCUCACAAAGAUGUGGAUGAAAAAUCCUUGUGCUCCACAGUACAUGAAAGCAUUGAACAGUUAUUCUACUCCGUAGAGAACAAGCUAGGCCAACGAUUUGUCUUUAGAGCAUUAGGGUAUAUCACCAUGGCCAAAGCAGGUUUAACUGAGGUUGAGCUGGAGGACAUUCUUUCCCUUGAUAACAUAGUUCUCGGGGACGUGAUCGUGGUUUCUUACUUAAAAAACCCCUUAAGGAUUUCUUGCGACUUGGUAGCAAGGCUUAAAGAAGAACUAGAGGGCUAUCUAGUGGAACGUCAGGUACGCAACGUCACCCUGAUGGUCUGGGCUAACAGACAUCUGCAUCUCAUUGCUCAGAAGCUGUACCUGAGCAACGAGGAAGACGUCCAUCAAAUGCACAGCCUUCUUGCAGAGUACUUUCUGGGAGCGUGGUCGGGCGGCAGAAAGAAAAUCUUUACCUACGACAACAAUCAUUUCACGUCCCAAAAUAUAUCCCACCACAAAAAUCCCCACCACCCGCAGCCCCACGAGAAAACAUCAUCUGACAAGUACUCAUACGACAGACAAACACCCGAGCAGCCUUGGGUUUUUCAGUGCAACCUCUUAGAGCCUGAUAUUUUCUUCGUCAACCACAGGAAGAUGACGGAGCUAGUUUACCACCUCACCAGAAGCGGCCGUACCGACGACCUCAUGUUCGGCGUCAUUAUGAAUUUCAGCUGGCUGUACACAAUGAUCAAGAUCGGACAGUUUGACAAGGCUUUAAAUGAUAUUGACUUGGCUUACAGCUACACCCAAGAAAAAGAACUCAAGUUUCUAUCCGCUACCCUCCGUAGCAUCAAGGUCAAAGUCUUAAAAAACCCAGCGUCACUUUCUGCAGAACUGCAGCAGAGGCUUUUGCCGGUUGUCACCUCCCUACCCAAGCUUCGACAUCUCCUCCUGGAGUGUGACAAGGACGGUCCCAAGUACUGCUCCAUCGUGCCUCUCCACUCUUCAAUGGAUGUGACUUACAGUCCGGAAAGACUUCCUUUGAGCUCAAGUUACAUGCAUAUUGUGGAGAUCUUGCCCACUCUCGCACCAAACAUAGUCCUCGUAGCUCUCGAGGACGGAUCUGUCAGCACGUGGGACGUCGAGAGCAGACAACUGCUUCGGCAGAUCGACACGGCUAGAUCUGUUGUGCUGGGAAUCAGGUUAACCGCCGAUGAGAAAUAUUUAGUUGUGGCCACGACUAAAAACACGCUCCUUAUUUACGAUAACCACAAAUCCUGCCUUUUAUCAGAAGUGGAAAUCAAGGGGUCCAAACAUGGUGGCAUUGCCGGCGGCGUGGCCUUUAUCAACGGCUUUACUUUGUCGACUCACCACGCGUUAGCUUGGCUUGAGGCUAGUAAAGAGGUCAAUGUCAUUGACUUGCUUUAUGGCUGGCCUCUCUAUCAGUUCCAUUGCUGGUACGAGGUGACUUGUGUCCAGUGCUCGCCAGAUGGAAUGUAUGCCUUCUGUGGACAGUACCUCAACACCGCAACCAUCUUUCAUCUAGGAAACGGCGACAAGCUGGCCACGGUUACCUCCGAGUUUUCCGGGGGGUUCGUCAAGUCAAUUCUCGUCUUGGACACCAUCAACCAAAUGGUGAUGAUUGACAAUGAAGGGAGUCUGUCAGUUUGGAACACCAAAGAAAUCACCAACCCACGUCUGAUGGAGGAUUACGACUGCAGAGGAGAUGACAGCGAAGUGGUGAGCAUCGAGUUGUCCCAAGACCAGCGCUCGAUUCUACUCUGCAAGGCCAGGAGUAUCGAGGUCCUCGAUACAAAAGUAUGGAAAAUGGUGGAGAAGUUUAAAGCCAAACGUAGCGAACGUUUCGUAGCAGCUGUGCUUUCCAAGAACGGACAAAGUAUCGUAGCCUCGAUGGAGAACACCUCUUCCAUCUUUGUGUGGCGGAGGGACAGCGGGCAAUGUAUGGCAAGCCUGAUCGAGAUCUCGGGGGCCAUCGUCAAACUCAUCAAAUCGGUCCACCAUAACCUUCUCCUCUCUGUUGCCAGCAGUGGAGUGCUGUCAGUUUGGGACAUUGACAUCAUCACCGCCAUGUCCAAUAUAGACAAAACGGGCAAGAAGAUCCAGACGUUGCAGUUGUCCGGCAGAGAGGAUUACGUGUUCACCAUGGACGGUUCGGAAGCAGUCCACAAGUGGAACUUCAGCACUGGAUUUAUCGAAACGGUCUUCAAGCACGAAGGCGUAGUAGAGAACUGCGUGCUAACCUCUUCAGGGGAUCUCAUGGUAACUUCUGAUGACAAGUGCAGUCAGUACAUUUGGCAAACCAACUCCGGGGAGAACAUUUUUCGCAUCAACGGACAGAGAAUAUCCCAGCUUCUAAUCACCCACAACGACCAGUUUGUCGUUUCUCUCUGUGAGCAAAACGCCUCGAGAGUUUGGAGACUCGCGACAGGGCACAAAGUUUGCAACAUCUUGGUCACCCUCCAGAACGCGCUGAUCACCACAGCCAACACAUUUCUUGUAGGCACCUCCAAAAACAAGCUUCUGGCCGUCAGCUUGUGGUCGGGCAGCGUAUCCAAGAAGUUCGUGUGCGACGACGGCAUCGCCAUUGUUAACUUUAAACUCAUUCCCGACUGCCCCGACUGCGUGGUCUUCAUCACAUCCACGGAGACUGUCUUCAUCUGGAGCGUGGCCGACGAAGCCGUUUGCAGGCGCGUGCAGCUGCCCGCCAACUUCCUGAAGAACCUGGAGGACUUCCAGAUCUCACCCAACGGGAAGCAAGGAAUCGUGUCCAAAGGUGAUGAGAACAUUAACGUGCUGGACCUUCACAGCGGCAAGAUGAGGCUGGUCCACGCCGCCGGUAUAAUCUGGCGUCAGAAAUUAUCACGGGACGGCCGCUACCUGGUGUACGUCUGCUUCCGUAACUGCGACGAGGACGACGACGCCGGCGUGGUGUCCAACCUGAUCGUGAUGCGACUCGCCGACGGGAAGAGCAUCGGAACCUGCUCCUUGUACAAGACCCCCACUUUUCUUUCGCUCUCGCAGAGAGCUCUGAACAUCAUCAUCGGCUUCGAGGACGGCAGCAUCGGCACGUACACCGUGGUGGACCGUGUGGACGCCGCGCUCAAGAUCAAAAUCGCCACGUCCAACAGCCGGCAGAUUGUUAACAACGCUUCCCAGAAGGUCCGUCCCAAGUGCGGCAAUCAUUCCUUCAAGACCAUCGCCGACUGCAUUUGGAGGGAAUCCACCGAGGUUUUCUCCAGGGACAGUCCGAUCAAUGUGUCCGACUCCGGUGAAGGUGAGUCUACUACUCCCACGAAAAAAUCCGAGCUGCUGCAGUGAAGACGUGUGACAUGGUUUCCCACCUCUGGAGGGUUGUACUGUAGUAGACUUGUUUACAGCCACGUGAUUCAGCUGCAAAUGUCAGGCGUCUGACUAUCUAUCCUAUCUAGUUGUACUCUUUUAGUUGCGGUUUCGCAUUCAGACGCUCGGACUAAAUAACACAAGACGGAAACAAAUUCUACGAUUUUGCCAUUAUGUGUCCUUUUAGCGUUUGAAGAACAACUUACUUAAAUGUGCUGAUGACAGAAAAUUGUCAAAGCCAUUCCAGUCAUCUCGCUAUUUCUAUUCGUCAUAUUUGCAAUGUGUACAUCACCGGUGUCAAACCCGCGGGCCGGGGGCUAAAUCCGGCCCCCUACGUUAUUUCGCCCGGCCCGCGAAAAUCAGUCACGCGCAUCAAUGUCAUUUUUUUUCUAGCUCAAAUAAAUUUUUUCUAGUCCUUGAUUAAAUAUCGAGGACUCUAGA